AUUUAUUCUUGGAGUCCGACUAGGAUUCUUCACACUACUACACUACCUGUCCACUAUGAAGUGUUUUCUCCUAGCUGCUGCUCUAAUCGUCGCCAUUGCUGCCACGGAAGGUAGGCGAUACGGCGAGAAAAGAAUUCCGAUAAAGAAAGAAAUUGUGUACGAGCCUAAGCUUGGCGGUGGAAUCAUAAGAAAAAAGAAGUUAGGAUUUUUGGACGGAUUUCAUGAGAGGGGUUUCCUUGGAGGAUCCAAGAAAGGACUGAAAAAGCCAAUUAUCAAGACAGACAAUGUAUAUCCGGGAGGAAAAGGACUGAAUCCAGAAAGGCCAGUAAUGUGUCCCCCCAGACACUGCCUACAGACACAACAGUUUAUCCCACAAGAAUGCAGAAGACCACAGUUCUUCACAUACAAUGGAAUCCAAUGUCCAGACUGUGACAUCGACAUCUGUGUAGGAGGUGGACUAUUGACCCCCGGGGGUGGAGGCGUUUGGGGCGAUGACCUCGGACCCAAGGGACCUUUUGGACCUAGAGGAAGAUUUGGCUCAGCCAUUCCUUUAGUUCCUGGUGGAAUCGAUUCUCAAAUUAACGGAGGACUGUUCACAGAUCAACAGUUCGGCGGGCGAUUUGGACAGGGUGGUUUCAGUGCAGGUCUCGGUGACAUAGAUCAGUUCGGUAUUCAAAAUGGCGGACGAUUUGGACCCUAAUUAACUGAUGGUAGAACUUUCACCCCUCUCGGAACAGCACAAUGUUGGAGUGUGGAUAAUUCAUUGUCAGACUUUUGUGUACUCCUAGGAGGGCGGUCUCAUUUGCCGAAAUUUUACUGUGAUAUUCCUGUAUGUUUGUUAUUAGGAUAAUACUUAUAUAUGAAAUCCUAUUUGUAAUAAAAAGAUAUUUGCAUUUUGAAAUAUUAUAGUUAUAACCGUUGAGCUUUACAUCGAAUCUUGAAGACUAAAUCAUGGACUCUUUCAAAAUUAUUCAAAAUAUUUAAUCAGUGUAAACAGAUGUUGAUUUAGUGUUACUUAAUAGAGAAAGAUUUCAUGUUUUUGAUAACACGAUAUAGCGAAACUAUAUUUGCCAACUACAAUGUAUUUUCAGUUGUGCUGAUUAAAACAGGUUGAAAAAUAUAACUUAUUAUCGUAAUUGUCAAUUGGAUUCACCCCUACAAAUAUCCCCUUUAUAAAACAACCAGCACAAGUGUUUUAAUGAAGGACGCCAUUGGACUAUUAUCAUAUCCAUGUACAUGUCAGUAUUGGCAUGUUUCAAAUAUCGACCAUUAUGUUGUGUAUGAUAUUGGUUAUCUCAAGUAUUGGAAAUAUUGAAAUUAGAAUUAAUAUUAUAGAUAUAAUUAUUGAUAUGGCAUGUUUCAGA